CUCCUGCGCGUCCUCGGCUCCGGCGCGGCGCUCGUGCUCCGGGGGUCGCCCUGCCGCGCGUGCGCUGCGCCCUGUCCUUCCCCGGCGUCCCGCCCCUGUAGCCUUCCCAGACCGGCGCUCUGAGGAAGGGAGGUUGUGGUCCUUCAACAAGCAGGGUUCGGUGUCGGACGCUGGACCCGGGCCGGUGCUGUUCGGGGUCUGGAGACAGGCCCCGCCCGGGGGCUUCCGUGCCCUGCUGUGAGUGCGGCGCCUGGAGGCAGGCAGGAGUUAUGGAUAUAGAUGCGGAAAGAGAGAAGAUAACGAAGGAGAUCAAGGAACUGGAAAGGAUUUUGGAUCCCAGCUUCUCAAGUAUCAACGUGGAGGUCUCGGAAUCAAGUCUCGAUUCAGACUCGGACGCAGAUUCGCUGCCCGAUGAGGACUCGGACGCUGCUGGUCCUGCGAUCUCGGAAGAAGACAGAGGGGGUGAAGCCAGCAACGAUGAGGACGACCCCAAGGAGAAGGCCCUCCCUGAAGACCCCGAGACGUGCCUGCAGCUGAACAUGGUCUACCAGGAGGUCAUCCAGGAGAAGCUGGCAGAGGUCAGCCUGCUGCUGGCCCAGAACCGGGAGCAGCAGGAGGAAGUCACAUGGCACCUGGCGGGGUCCAAAGGCCCCGAGGGGAAGGACGGCAAGAGCCUGCCCUCCAAUCUGUACAUAGGGCACUUCAUGAAGCCCUACUUCAAGGACAGGCUCACCGGAGUGGGGCCUCCUGCCAACGAAGACACACGGGAGAAGGCUGCCCAGGGCAUCAAGAGUUUCGAGGAGCUCCUGGUGACCAAAUGGAAAAGCUGGGAAAAGGCCUUGCUCCGAAAGUCAGUGGUGAGCGACCGCCUGCAGCGUUUGCUGCAGCCCAAGUUGCUGAAGCUCGAGUACCUCCAGCAGAAGCAGAGCAGGGUCACCAGUGAGGCGGAGAGGCAGGUCCUCGAGAUGCAGAGCAGGGAGGCGGAGAGUGAGAUCCAGGCUAUCAACCAGCUGCCAGAGGAGGCUUUGCUAGGGAGCAGACUAGACAGCCAUGACUGGGAGAAAAUCUCCAACGUUAAUUUUGAAGGAGGCCGCAGUGCCAAGGAGAUCCGGAAGUUCUGGCAGAACUCUGAGCACCCAAGCAUCAACAAGCAGGAAUGGAGCGGACAGGAAGUAGACCAGCUGAAGGCCAUCGCGGCCAAGCACGGCCACCUGGAGUGGCAGAAAAUCGCCGAGGAGCUGGGGACCAGCCGAAGCGCCUUCCAGUGCCUGCAGAGGUACCAGCAGCACAACACAGCCCUGAAGCGCAGGGAGUGGACGGAGCAGGAGGACCGCAUGCUCACCCAGCUCGUCCAGGAGAUGCGCGUCGGCAGCCACAUCCCCUACCGGAAAAUUGUCUACUACAUGGAGGGGAGAGACUCCAUGCAGCUCAUCUAUCGGUGGACCAAGAGCCUGGAUCCCAGCCUGAAAAAAGGGUUCUGGGCCCCGGAGGAAGAUGCGAAGCUGCUUCAAGCGGUUGCCAAAUACGGGGAGCAGGAUUGGUUUAAAAUCCGGGAAGAGGUGCCAGGUAGGAGCGAUGCCCAGUGCCGAGAUCGAUAUCUCAGAAGGCUACAUUUCAGCUUGAAAAAGGGACGCUGGAAUUCAAAAGAAGAGGAAAAGUUAAUGGAAUUGAUAGAGAAGUAUGGUGUUGGUCACUGGGCAAAAAUUGCUUCUGAACUUCCCCAUCGGACAGGCUCCCAGUGUCUAAGCAAGUGGAAAGUCAUGGUCAGGAAGAAGCAGAGUCGGGGGAGGAGGAGGCGGCGGCCCCUUCGCAGCGUGCGGUGGAGCUCCAGCAGCGGAGACUCCAGCAGUGGGGGCAGCAGCAGUGGAGACUCCAGCAGUGGGGGCAGCAGCAGCAGCGAGAGCAGCGAGGACUCAGAGCCAGAGCCGGGGGAAGCCCAGGAGAGUAGCCAGGCGCUGCUGUCAGCACAGCACACUGUGCCAGACAUGGACUUGUGGGUUCCGGCCAGGCAGAGCACGAGCGCACCGUGGGGACGAGCGGCAGGGAGCUGGCCAGGACGCUCUGCUGCCUCCCCCAGCCCUCCCAAGGGCUCCGAUAUGGCCCAAGGUGGCGGCAGGGAAGCUUGCACCACAGAGGAGGCAGGCCAGGCGCAGGCCCCCUCCGGAACCCACAGUGCCAGCCUGACAGGCAUUGAGUACCCAUGCUCAGCAGACACUCACCCCAAGAGCUCAGAGGGGCCAGCAGACGAGGGCGGGAAGCGUCUGCUGAAGGUGCCCCUGGAGACCGUGUUGCGGGUGCUCAGGACCAACACAGCCACCCGGUGCCGGACACUGAAGAAGCUGAGGCAGCCGCGCCUGCUCGGCGCGCCCCUGGAGGCCAGCCCCGGUGGCAGUGGUGUGGCCAGGCCCCGUCUGCGUCAGCUAUGGCACGAUUCCGUUGGGAGCAGGCAGCGGCGCCGGGGACACGCCCUGCAGAGGAGGCUCCUUGAGCGCCAGCUUCUGAUGGCUGUGAGCGCGUGGGUGGGAGACAUCGUCCUGCCCUGCACCUCCCGGAGGCCUGCCGUGGUGCACACUCGAGCCGACAGCGUGAGGGAGCAGCUGCAGGAGGCCCACCUGGCCAGCACCCCGGUGUUCACCCUCUUCCUUCAGCUGUUCCAGAUCGACACUGCUGGAUGCAUGGAGGUCGUUCGAGAGAGGAAGGCCCAGCCACCUGCCCUGCUCCAGGCUGGCGCUUGGGACCCGCUGGUGCGGCUUCUACAGAUGCCCUCGAGCGCCCAGAACACCCCAGGCUGCCUCUUCCAGAACGUGCCAGCCCGAGAACCUGCCAAGAGGAGCACCAGCCACAGAGGAAGAGGCGGGCUGCAGGCCUGCCGCACCGAGUCCACGCCACAGGCACCUCCGCCAGCUCCCUGCGGGCCCCGGCCCAAGCCCAAGACUGUGUCCGAGCUGCUUCGGGAGAAGCGGCUGCGGGAGGCCCGAGCCAGGACGGCUGCCCAGGGCCCCGUGGUUGUCCCACCCCCGCUGCUAGGCUCCUCACCUGUGACCCUGAAGCUCCCUCUACCACUGGCCCCCAAAGGCCUCACAGCCUCAGGUCCGAUUAUCUCAAAUGUAGCACCCUGUGGGCCUGGGGCCCCUGCAGCAGCCAGUCCAAGUACUUCAGGCUCCUGGGCCUCAGCCAAGGUCGAGAGACCCCCCACGCUGCAGGCUUUGGGCCUGGCUGUGAAGGCCCUGGCUACCCCUGCUGCCUCUGCUACCUCCGGGGCCCCAGCUCUGGGUUCCGCCCAGGUCCCUGGGGGCUGCCCUCUGAGCAGUCUUGGACAGUCUCAGGCCCCCGCCACGUCCCGGAGGCAGGGCCUGCCCGAGGCUCUCCCCUUUCUCCCUGCAGCCCCCAGCCCUGCUCAGCUGCCUGUCCAGCCCCUCAGCCUGAUGCCUGCUCUGGGCACAUGCAGGGGUGGGCCACAGGUGUCAGUCAGCAGCCCUCUGCCCGUCACCUGGGUGCUCACAGCCCAGGGGCUGCUCCCUGUGCCUGUGCCAACUGUGGUGAGCCUUCCCAGGCCAGCAGGGAUCCCUGGCCCCAAAGGGCUGUCAGUGACUCCACUGCCCUCUCUGACUGAGACACAGGCAGGCCAGGGUCCCAGGCUCCCUGGGCUGAGCCACCCUUGGCAGCCCCCAGCCAACGUGGACACAGAGUUAGACCCUCCCGCCAAGACAGGCUUCUCCACCCUUCCCACGCCCCCCCCAUCCCAAAGCCCGGCAGAAGUGGACAGCGACACAGCCCGUGCUCCUGGGGGACUCUCCUCCCCUGAAGAGGCCCAAGUGGCUGGGGAGACAGCCGCUCCCAGGACAUCCUCCCAGGCCACGCUCCUGGCUGACCACCCUGAAGCCGAGCCUCCCCAAUCCAGCCAGCUGCCUCCACAAAGUGGCCCUGGCCCAGGGGGGACACUGGGGUCUCCCUCAGAGCCAGGGGAGCCCAGGGGGCCUCUGGCCCUGGAGAGGCUGCCCGCACCCCGGCCUGGGCCUGAGAAGGGUGCCCUGGACCUGGGCCUUCUCUCCCAGGAGAGUGAGGCAGCAGUGCGGGAGUGGCUGAGGGGGCAGCGAGGGGUGUGUGUGCCCGCCCUGGGGAGCAGGCUGCCCUACCAGCCCCCCGCCUUGUGCAGCCUGCGGGCACUGUCUGGCCUCCUGCUCCACAAGGAGGCCUUGGAACACAGAGCCGCCUCCCUUGUGCCCGGCGGGGCGGCCGGAGCCCUGCAGACCUCGCUGGGGCGGGUGCGGAGGCAGUUCCAGGACAAUCCAGCCUACCUGCUGCUGAGGGCGCGGUUCCUGGCAGCCUUUGCCCUCCCUGCACUGCUGGCCACCCUGCCCCCCCACGGCGUCCCCACCACCCUGUCGGCCACCACGAGGGCUGACUCUGCGAGUGAGGAUGACAGCCUCGGGGAGCUGGAGUUCACUGAUGGUGGCAGGCGGCGGGGCUGCUCAGUCAGCAGUCCCCAGGCAGAACCAGCGGCCACAGCCCCCAUUCAGGUAGGUGGCCAUGUGUGCGGAGCCCCCGCCCACUUCCCUGCAGCCAUCUGUGGCACCCUUGCCCGCCUGUGGGUAUCUGGCCUGCCCAGAGCAGUGGGAAUGGGGACCGGGGACGGGAGCAGGUGGAAGUUGUGGCCAGGAGAGUUGGCUGGCUGGUGUGUGAGGAGGAAGAAACUGGCUCCAAGCCAGCCCGGUCACGUGUCAAUUCUGUGUGCACAAGUCACCUGUCCCUUCGGCCACUGUGGAAUAUAGGAGAGGAAGGAGCCUCAUGGCUGACGUGGGAGCCCCUCAGCCCUCCCAGAGCUGCCACCCAUCCCUGCAGCCUUGUCUGAGGGAGCUGAUCUCAGGCUCCGUGCCCCCCUCGUACGUGCACACACAUGCACCCUCCCUCCUGUGGUGGGCCAUUAGCUCCACAGAGAGUGGCCCUGCACCUGCACCUGCUUCUCUGUAGACACUAAGACCCCUCCGGGUGUCAGCUCCAGUACCCUUCACAUCAGGAGAGUAGUCCGCGCUGUGGAGGCAAAACCGUUUUCCUUAUUUCCUGACAAGAACCCAGUAUAGACACGUGCAGGAGUUGUUCCCUGCAGCCUCUGGCUGCGUGCGCCCGGGGAGCCCCCAGCAAGGCCGCCUCUCCCCGUUGCUUGGGGCCAAGCAGGAGAGCUGUGCCACCACAGGCGUUCUGUACCGAGUCAGGGAAGUGGUCAAGGCGCCUUGCAGGUGGUGUUGGGAGCACAUGGCCCAGGGAACCCCCCAGAAGCAGUCCCUCACCUUCCCACCUGGGGUAGCCGCGGCUGCUGGAGCGGUCGAAUCAGGACGGCAGGGAGGCAGGGGUGGUGGCUGGUGGCUGUGCCACCCUCCCUGCAGGCUCAUCCAGCCUGGGCUGUGGGGGAAUGUCCAUCUCCCUUCCCAGGGGCACUGCCCUCAGAGUCCCAGGGCUGCGGCCAAGUAGAAACACUGCUGGACCCCAGAUACCGAGGGGAAGAGGCCGCCUGUGCCCCACCACGUGUGCAGCCUCUCCAGCACCGCCCUCCCAUGUUGUCGGUCGCUGCUCUGCUGGCCCAGCUGGGGGAACCGUGACACAGGAGGCUGCCUCUGAGGGGGUUGGAGCCCCCAAGUGAGGGAGGGGUCAGCAGGAAGCCAGAGCCCGUGUGUGGCCUCAGGAAGAGCCAUAAUCCCCCUUUCCUUGCCUGUCGUGGCCCCUGUAUGUGGCAGUGACCCCAGGCCCAGCCUGGCAUGGCUUUCACUGCCGAGGCCUCAGCUCGCCUCGGGAAGGACAAGCCUGAGGAGCUGCCCGUCCCUAGUGCUCGGCCGUGGCAUCCGCAGGGCCCUGUGGCCUGCUCGCUGCUCCUCGCUGCCACCUUAUCCCUGUCUGUCCUGGCUGGAGGCUCACUCUUGUUCCCUUCUGUGUGGAUUUUGUGUCAGGGAACUGCAGAGCUUGGCGGGGGCUCUGUCCCCUCCUUCCUGGACAGUUCUGACGACCUCGAUGUGCUCAGAACCCGGCACACCCGGCACG